GGCCGGCGCCGCGAAGCUUGAGCGGCCGGCUCUCGCGGCGGCAGGGCCGCGGCAGGGCAGCCGAGUGCGCAGGGCAGACGCUGCCUGGCGCGAUGCGGAGAUCAAGGACGACCAGGCAGACGGCAGUUCACAGGUUGGUCCACGCGUCCACGCGGAAGUCAUUGUACCAUACGGCGGUGGCAAAGUCGAAGAUGAGAAAGAUAUCUCCAACCUGUCAUGGGGUAAAGCCACCGCCGUUGGCAUAGAGGAUAUCAUGGCCAACCCUGAGAAUGAGUUGAAGGCGGCCAAGAAGGCCAUCUCUCGCCGCGAGGAUGAAAUCCGAGGGUGGCUGCCACGAGCGGAUGCGGUUCGCAAGCAGGUCGAGGAUCGCAUGAAGAAGUGGCGCACGCAAGAUGGCGCUGACGGUGCAGCUGUGGCGGCCGAAGGUACAGCCAAGGCGGCAGGACCCGGUGUCGGCAGCGCCGAGGGCUGCGCCGAGGCGGCAGCGGAGGCGGCCGCGGCAGGGGGCGCCCCAGCCAGCAACGCCUCUGGUGCGCUGUGCACGUGCGAUGUGAGGACAGAAGGUACGACAAUCGACACCGUCGUGUUCAGCACGGCGGCGCUGGCGCACGCGAAGGCAGUCGAACCAGUUUUCUCGGCGCCGCGGAAGACUCGCUCUGGGCUGGCCAUGCAAUUCUGGCGAUUCGGGGUCCGACUGGUGAUUCGUACUCUGGCAAUGGCGGCGAGGCUACCGCGGAUGGCGGGACCAGGCGCGGCGCCGACAGCCCGCUCGAAGUCCGGCCGCGCCCGCGCCGAGCGCUGCGUUGCCGGGCAG